GAGUUCAUGAUACCAGCCUUUGAUAGAUGCACCUCAGUAAUCAUAAAGAGUUAGAUAAACAGGGAAUGUUGGAAGACAUCAUAGAAUAAAUUUGUUGUGUAUUUGAAUCAUUAGGAAUGUAUUACAUAUUAAGCCCUUAUCUCCUGGCAACCCAUGCAGAUUCUUGCACUUUUCUCAAAGUCUGUCCUCCACUGAAUAAUUUGUAAUUUGACCUUUCAGUUCACUCUCAGUUCAGUCUGUAUGACAAGGCCACACCUCAAGAAUUCAAAACUUGAUAAAAACCUAACAGUUGUCAUGGUAACUGCAAUUAUCGCAUCAUUCUCACAAAAUAAAUCCGCUGAUGAUGUAAUUCUGCAUUACUUCAUAAUUUUCAACACAUUGACAGUAUGGAGAGAAUAUUUUCAAGACAGACAAUACAAUUGGCAGACAUUAGUGAAUAGAUGUUCACACACAGUGUGCAUGAUCAAAAAAGGUUAUAGAGUUCAUAGGAAAGGAGACCGGCACACUGCUACAUAUGCACCUAGACAUUGCCGUUUUUACUAAAUUAUAUGGGAGAAUACUGUAUGUAGCAGUGUGCUGAUCUUCUUCUUUACUAUGAAAUUUAGAAAAGGACCAUAAUGAUAGGGAAAGAGUUACAUCUCUCCUGGGAGUUUUAUCAAUCACUGUGGGAAGUGACUUUGUUCUGCUUAGAUUAAGAUGUAGAGAAUGGAAAGGAAUCAUACUAAAUUGAGAGACACUAGUCAGUGAUUUGCUGUCUAAUGCACAGAUCUGCCAUGCAACAUUUGUUGCAGCCAUACGAAACAGCACUGUCCACCAUCAGCUAGUGCACUGCCAGCAAUUCAUUAGGCUGUCUGGCACUUAUUAUCAUCUUGAACUAAACGAACACAGACAAGAUGUGCUGGGUAUUACUUGCUCAGUCACAUUAAUAAUACAACAGCAUACAACAUGUUCAAUAGAAUACAGAAGGACAGUAACCACUAUAAACGUUGAGGGUGGGUUUUUCAAUAGUUGAUUGUUAUUGUAAAAUAAAAUUUGCCCUCCUCCGAUUCUGCAUAUGUGGUUACACUUGGAAUACAACAAGUUUAUGAGACAUAUAGACAAAGAAAGCAUGUUGGGUAAUGUUUCACUUCACUUCUUCACUGAGAUUUCAUGCACAUUGGACAAAUAUACUAGGAAAUAUACAUUAGGAAAAUGUUGAACCAUGCAUUUUCGUAUUUCAUUCUUGCAUAUUUGAACUGUUAUAGUAAAUCCUCUUAAUAGUCUCUGUCAAUGUAAAACAGGAAAGUCCCAUGCAUUUGUGCAGGAGAACACACUGUCACCCCUAGAGACCCAAUCCUGAAAUGAACUUUUUCAGCAGCACUGUCACUUUAAAUUGUGGGCGCGGCUAGCUGACUACCACCCGCCCUAUAUGCAAAUUUACCCGCUGCUUUGACUGGGUAAAAUAGUGCGGUACUUGUUUCAGGUGUCCAUAGUGGGCGCGAGCCGCGGCGCGAGAAGAGAGUACACAGGCGCUAUAAAGCCGAAGAGUGAAGCGAACUUUUCAGCAAACAGCCCCUCAACCCAAAUUGAAAAUAACGGCUGGAUUAAACAAACUACACCCGGAAAUCGAAUGCAAAACGGGAUUACUGAGAAGCUCACAGCUGAAGGCGCUUUCAUUACUUGUUGACAUGAAAGAUUUCUGUGUAAUUACUGAAGUGUAGGACUCAUUUCUUUAGCUGGAUCUUACCGGUGAACUGCAAACCUUCAUUUUUUCGUCUCAAAUGACAUGCAGCAUACUGACUCUUGGCACAAUAUUACGAUCUUGAGCUCUGAGGUUGCGGCCUGAAGACGACACAAAUGCCAGGAGUCAGUUCAAACGCGUCGCGCAGUAAGAAGUGGGAGAUGGAGGAGGAAUACGACCAAUAUCAGCACUAUUUCUACGACGACCACAACUUGGACGAGGACUUUUUCAAAUCGACCGCACCGAGUGAGGACAUUUGGAAGAAAUUCGAGCUCGUGCCAACCCCGCCCAUGUCGCCUGUCAGGAUUCUGGAGGGUACCAGCAGUCCAUCUCCAGGGGACCGACUAGAGUGGGUGUCUCAGUUCUUGGGACAGGACGACGAGCAGGAGGGACAGUGCAAACUCAACGCGGAGGAGUCUUUCGAAAACCUAAGCUCCAUCAUUAUUCAAGACUGUAUGUGGAGCAGUUUCUCCGCCAGUCAGCAGCAGCUGGAGAAAGUUGUCAGCGAGCGCCUGUCUUGUUCUGCGCAGACGAAACUUGCGAGCAAAGCGCAGUGCGUCCCCGCGGACUCGCCUGGUCUUAACAGCUUGACGACAGAUUGCGUGGAUCCCGCAGCUGUCCUUACCUUCCCUCUGAACAGCAGCUGCAAGAAACAGGUGUCGUCCGGGUCAGAGUCUCGCACCGACUCAUCCGACGAAGAAGAGAUUGAUGUUGUGACAGUGGAACAUAAGAAGAACAAGUCACGCUUGGUGAACGCCCGUAAACCAGUCACCAUCACAGUUCGAGCAGACCCCUAUGACCCUUGCAUGAAGCGAUUCCACAUCUCCAUUCACCAGCAGCAACACAACUAUGCUGCUCGCUCGCCCGACAGUUAUCCUGAAGAUGACCCUCCUCGCAAGAAGAUCAGGCAAGAGACCUUACAGCCAUGGCCUGUUACCACACCCCAAACUGCUGAGUGCAAACCCCCCAUAUCUUCCCUAACAGUCUCCGUCCCAUGUCCGACUGCUUCUGCCUGUCCAGCCCACACAUCCUACGAUCUCAAAUCUCAACCAUCCAGCCCUCAGAGUUCAGACUGUGAGGAUACAGACAAGCGCAAGACACACAAUUUCUUGGAGCGGAAAAGACGUAAUGACCUUCGCUCUCGAUUUCUGGCUCUUCGGGAUGAGAUCCCAAGCCUGGUUGACUGUCCAAAGACACCCAAAGUAGUGAUCUUGACCAAGGCCACGGAAUACCUGCGUACACUGCAUGCCAGUGACAAACAGAAGGCUCAGGAGAAGAAGCGUCUUAAAAGCAGGCAACAGCAGUUACUACGGAGGCUAGCAGAACUCAAACGUGCGUAAAAACAGCCAGUCCAGCCAUAUUUUCAAUAGGAACUGUGUAGAGUGGCUGUGUUUUGUCAAAACAUGGGGAUAUUAAAUGGAAUGCACUCUUUAUUUUAAGUUUCAUUUUUCAGCGUACGUUCUUUGCACAUUUGACUUUGCAACUGGGGGGGGGGUGACGUACAUUACAGCAGAUGUAUGGAAGCCGCGGUUUGGUGUUCCCCAGUGGAUCACCCCCAAGCUUCAAACAUUUUUCCAAAGAGGGAUGUUAUUUCUGAUAUUUUCUUUUGAAAUUGAAAGAUUUAAAGAGAACACCCAUUCUCUCACAAGAGCUAAAAAUGAAAGUAUUUAGGUGGGGAUAUAUUAUUUCAUUGACUUAGCAUGCCAAGUUAGGCAUUAUUGGAAAUGUAGCCAUUUAAAUGCAUGUGUAAUUGAUCUCAUAUACCAAGGUUUUUGUGGAAGAAUCUUGACGUUAUCUGGAUAUAUAUAAUUAAGGGUCUAUGAUCAAUGUACCUUCUUCAUUAAUAGUGCUUUGUUACUUAAAUUAAUUCUAAAGGAGAGCUGUGUGCCCCCAUUGCCACUUGAUGACUGUGUAAGUUUAAUAGGCAGGAAGUUGGAUCACUGAUAGUUUCUUAUACUUUUUUUUUUUUUUUUUUUUUUGUGAACAUAUAUUAUUAUUCUAAUGAACAUUCAGGACAGUGUCCAGCACAGCUUUGCAGUGUAUAUUAACUCUGGAAUAUUCUUCGGACAUAUCUGUAUAUAAUAAUAGUUGAUGUACAGGUCAUUGUGUAAAAAUACAUACUUUGUGUUUGAAUAUGAAAAGUACUGUUAAUAGGCUUUAUUUACUAUUUUUCUGUCAUUUUGUUCUAAAACUUGGUUGGCCCAUCUGCCUUCCCUAAGAGUAUCUCAAAGUUUCUAUUUUUGUUAAUAAAAUAAAAAUAAAAAAAAUUAAAAUUAAAUAAAAUAACACUAUCAACAUUUCAUUUUCAUCACUAGCCACUUUAUGCUGUUUUCACUGCCUGUUCUCUUAUGUUCUGAUUUUUCUUUGACUCAUGAAAGCAUUUUUGUACCGAUUAUAUUUUCUUGCAGAAUUCAUCGUGUCACUGAUUUCUAUUCGAAUAUAAAAUCCCACUGGUGGCAUAUGCAUACUUUUUCCCCAAAUGUGGCCAUCAAACCAAAUACUUCUAAACUGAAGCCUACUCACACUUUUAUUCACCAUACCCUAGAAUGCAAUUAUUUUUAAGAAAAGAGGCCAUUCGUUCACUGCAAUCAUUACUGAUAGAUUUAUGGGCUUAUAAUUGUACUUUCAUCUGGGAAACUGAAUGGCUUAAAUGGUUGAAAUGCAGUCAAAAAUGGAUGCCACUUGACACAAGAUUGCAUAUGCCACCAGUAACCCAUUGUGCUUUUUUAUUUAUUUUGUUUAUUUACUUUGGUCCUUGUCAUCAGGUGUCAUACUGGAAGAUGAAUGGCAGCAGCAUUGUCUAAGCACUUUGUGUUCUGUACCUCAUAAGCCUAUAUACAUUAAUUCAAAAUUGGAUAGUAAAUAAAUUCAGUUCAAAUCA